UUGAUUUAGUUGCGUAUUGUUCAUCGACGCGCGCGCUUCUUUAAAACAAUUGUAUCUUUGUUGACUGAUAAAUCGAAUUAUAAUUAACUAAUACAACAUAUAGAUUAUUAUGUAUAGUUUUAUACAUCAGAUAUAUUCUUAUUAUCGAAUCGAGUUUAGUUAAAAUUAUUCUUGAUAAAGAAUAUUAUUUAUGAAUACAAUUUAAAUAAGAUAAAAUGUGUGAUUGUGACAAUAUUUUGCCCCAAGGAUUAGUGGAAGAGAAGCAUUAUUUUAACUGUAAAUCCAUUUGGAAAGGGGAUACUGUGAGAUACCCCGAUGGUACCCUCUGUCUUCAGAAUAAGAACAUCAGCGACCAAACACCGGAUUACCUCUACCACCUGAGUCUAGGCACUGAUGAUGACUUGAAAGCUCUGUUUGGUGAUGUUAAGUUCGUGUGUACUGGUGGCACCGAACAUCGAAUCCGGGCCUUCGCAUUGUACAUGGCUCGUCUCCUCAACCUGCCCUACAGUGAGGAUCAUCUGGUCAACCUGACUGCCACCUCCAAGAGAUACGCCAUGUUUAAAGUUGGCCCUGUCUUGGCGUUCAAUCACGGAAUCGGCAUCCCCUCCAUGACAACGGCCCUGCAAGAAGUAAUAAAGCUACUUUUCCAUGCGAAGGUCAAGGACCCCCUUAUCUUCAGACUGGGAAGCUCUGGUGGAGUCGGGGUGGAACCGGGCAACGUGGUCAUCUCUGCUUUUGGGAUGAAUGGCCUGUUCGAGAAGAAUUAUAUUUCGUAUGUCCUGGGCAAAGAGCGCCGAUACCCCAGCUGCCUAGACGCGAGACUGGCGCAGGAGUUGCAGUCCAUGUCUUCUCCUGAUGACGGCUUCGAAACCAUUAUUGGAGGGACCCUGGCGGCCGAUGACUACUAUAGAGGACAAGGCCGUCUCGAUGGGCCAUUUUGCGACUAUACAGAGGCAGACAAGAUGGCGUUCCUGCAGAAGCUCCGAGCUGCAGGAGUCAGGAACAUUGAGAUGGAGGCCACAGCCUUCGCAGCCUUCACUCACCAGGCGGGUGUGAGGGCAGCCAUUGUCUGCGUGGCAUUGCUCAACAGAUUUAACGGGGACCAGACACACACAAUGGAUCCCAUCAAAAAGUUCUAUACUAGAUUUCGGUACACCCAAGAGAUACUGGAGAAAGCACUUAAUGCUACACUCAGAGAUCACGACACCGAAGAAGACAUUAGAAGAAUAUGAAAAUAAUCUCAUGAAAGUGGUGGGCCGCUACAUCCAGACUUAUGAGAAGAGUAAAGGAAAACAAUGAUUAUAUAACCAUUUUGUCUAUGAAUACCUAUAAUAUAAAACAAAUGUACAACGGCAUGUUGUUUUUUGAUAGA